AUGCCAACACGCGACGUCUACAACCCAAUGCUAUUUGAAAUUGCCUGGGAGGUGGCAAACAAAGUGGGAGGCAUCUACACCGUUAUCCGAACCAAGGUGCCAGUGACGGUGCACGAAUUCGGAGAUCGAUACUGCUUGAUAGGUCCGCUGUCCUACGCUAAAGCUCCCAUGGAGGUCGAGGCUCUCGAGCCACCCAAUGCCAAAAUUCGAGAAGUUUUGGAUGAAAUGUCUCGCCACGGUGUAAAAUACCUGUUUGGUCGUUGGCUUAUCGAAGGAGCUCCCAACGUGCUGUUGUUCGACACUAACAGCGUACUCGACAAGAUGAACGACUGGAAAGGCGAUCUUUGGCGUACUGCAGGCAUUCCCAGCCCCCCCAACGAUAUUGAAACCAAUGAUGCUAUCCUGUUUGGCUACCUAGUGGCAUGGUUCUUGGGCGCACUUGCUCCAAAGUACAAUCAUUCAUCAGACCCCGCUAUCAUUGCUCAUUUCCAUGAAUGGCAAGCUGGUGUGGCCAUCCCACUCUGCAAAAAGCGCCAUAUUGAUGUAACCACUAUUUUCACCACUCAUGCUACCUUACUUGGUCGUUACUUGUGCGCCGGAUCCGUGGAUUUCUACAACAACCUGCAAUACUUUGACGUCGAUCAAGAAGCUGGAAAGCGUGGCAUUUAUCACCGUUACUGUAUCGAGCGUGGGGCAGCUCAUUGUGCAGACGUCUUCACCACCGUCAGUCAUAUUACUGCCUUUGAAAGUGAACAUCUGCUUAAACGUAAACCAGAUGGCGUGUUACCCAACGGUCUAAAUGUGGUCAAGUUUUCGGCCAUGCAUGAGUUUCAAAACUUGCAUGCUCUGAACAAAGAAAAGAUCAACGACUUUGUUCGAGGCCACUUUUAUGGCUAUUAUGAUUUCGAUCUUGAUGAUACUCUUUAUACGUUUACGGCUGGCCGCUAUGAAUACCGUAACAAGGGUGUGGAUAUGUAUAUCGAAAGUUUGGGACGUCUCAAUGAGCGCCUAAAAGCGGCGAAAUCCAAAACCACCGUCGUUGCCUUCAUUAUUAUGCCGGCAGCAACUCACUCUUUCAAUGUGGAAGCACUCAAGGGUCAAGCCGUCACUAAACAAUUGCGCGAAACUGUAAAUGAUGUCCAAGACCGUAUUGGCAAACGCAUCUACGAAAAAGCUUUGAGAGCAGAAGAAUUGAACCCCGAAGAUUUCUUGUCGGAUGAAGAUAAGGUAUUACUUAAGCGACGUGUGUUCGCUCUCAAGCGUAACACAUUACCUCCUAUUGUCACACACAAUGUCGUGGACGAUGCCAAAGACCCUGUCUUGAACCAGCUUCGUCGCUUGCAAUUAUUCAACAGACCUGAAGACCGCGUCAAAGUCAUUUUCCAUCCUGAAUUCUUGAACGCAAACAAUCCUCUCUUGGGAUUGGACUACGAGGAGUUUGUACGAGGUUGCCACUUGGGUGUUUUCCCAUCGUACUACGAACCUUGGGGAUAUACCCCUGCCGAAUGUACCGUUAUGGGUGUCCCAUCCAUCACUACGAAUUUAUCUGGCUUUGGAUGUUUCAUGGACGAGAAUAUUGAGAACUGCGAAGAUUAUGGUAUUUAUAUCAUGGAUCGCCGAUUGAAAUCAGUGGAAGAAUCUCUGCAACAGCUAUGCGAUCAAAUGUUCAGAUUUUGUCAAAAAACACGUCGUCAGCGUAUCAACCAGCGUAAUCGUACCGAGCGCCUGUCAGACCUGUUGGAUUGGAAGCGAAUGGGAUUGGAAUACAUCAAAGCACGUCAACUGGCUCUUCGACGUGCCUACCCCGACUCGUUCACGGACGAAGAAGAAGAAAUCGAAAUGUUUACCAAGAUUCCGAAGCCUUUGAGUGCGCCUGCUAGUCCACGAAUCCGUCAGGAAGUGUCCGGUUAUUUCGACGAAGAUGAGGAGGAAGAAGAAUUCCAAAUUCCUCGAAAACCGUUCCCUGCUCUUCGCCGUGAUGAAAAGGCACAGUCACGUGAAGCAGAAUUGCUCAGUGAGGGUGAUCUGGAAGCAUUGAACAAGUUGACUCUCGAGAACAAGGAACAUAAAUAG